AAAGAUAAUUUUUCUUAAGCACUUAUAAAAAUGGUCUUUUUACAUUUAAAACGUGGCAAUGAAUCGCAAUUUUUGUUCGAGACAUCAGUUACGAUGCCGAUAUCGAAGUUGAACAAAGAGAUAGUGUUGAUGUACAACGGUCGUUUGAAAAUAAGUCGAAUUUGUAGUGAAAUGGAGGGAUUAAAAGAUCAUGGUCCCAUGUUUCCGCCCGAAAUAAUUGGUUUGACUGAAGAACAAGUGCGGGAACUGAAACUAGUUGACCAGUAUGCGGAAAAGGUGGUGCCGUCCGAUGGAUGGGUAUACAAUCGAGAUCCAGUCGGUCGCAGAAAUGGUAGACAACCGAACGUGAAAAUGCAGGAGCUCUUAUUGAAAUCCAUUAACGACGCAAAAGAAAUGGUGUCAAAGAAAAUGAUCGACGAUAAUAAAUCGCUAACGUUAAAACAUGUACAAAAUGCCAUUGAUAUUUUGAAAGGAGCCGUAACAAUCGUAUAUCCAAUGGGUUUACCUCCACAUGAUCCCAUUUACAUGGAAUUCAAUAAUACAGAAGAUCUGAGCGGUACACAAGCCGCACUGGACGUUAUUGAACCGAGCAAGAUGCAACUUUGGUUUGCUGGUCGUCAAAUGUUGGACGAAAAAUUGUUAAGCGAUUAUUUGGGAAAAAACGAAAAAUGCAAAGUUAUUGUGAAAAUUGUGAAGCAUGGUGAAGGAGCGCCAGGGCGAGAGCCAGUAUUCAACGAAGAGGUCCGCAAACAAAUCAUGCUCCAACAGUAUCGGCGCCAAGAAGAAUUGAAGAGGUUGGAAGAGGACCAUGAUGAUAGCUACUUGAAUUCAAAAUGGGCGGAUAAUUCAAAUCUAAAGCAACAACUGCACGGAAUUCAAAAUAUCAAUUUUCGUUUUGGGAGCAAAUAACGAGGCUUCAAGCA